AAUCGAUUUUUUACUUCCAACUGUUUCCUGCAGCCUGUUUAUAGUUUAUAAACAACGCGCUCCACGGCUAACUUGAUCAUUUUGAACGCUUUCCAAAACUUGUAACGUUGAUUAUCGAAGGAAAUUACAACGGAUUUAAGAAAUCCCCAUAGUAAGGCGGUGUCAACGUGAGUCAGUCGACUAACCGCGCCCCACAAGAAAUGGCCAAUGAUGGUAAAUGGCAUGGAGCUGAUGAUGCGUGGUUAAGAAUUCAAGUAACGACCUUUUCUAAUUGGGUCAAUGAACAGUUGCGUAUUAACAGCGCCGAUGAAUCGUUUUUAGUUCAAAAUCUGGAAAAGGACUUAUGCAAUGGAGUAAGACUAUGCGAAUUAGUCUCGUUCUUAACCAGAGGAAAGAUAGGUAGAAUUGUUAAAAGACCAAAUAAUCAGCACCAGAAAUUGGAGAAUGUCACAUUGGCUUUGCGUGCUAUAACUAGAGACGGAGUAAAAUUGGUAAAUAUUGGCUCUGAAGAUGUCGUAAAUGGGAAUGUUAAACUUAUAUUAGCCCUAAUAUGGCAUUUAAUUUUACGAUAUCAAAUUUGGACUGGAAAAACAACGCCCACUACUGGGAAAAGAUCUCCUCCGAAAAAAUUAAUGCUUGCAUGGUUAAAUGCAGUUCUUCCAGAAUGCCGAAUAGCCAAUUUAUCUACUGAUUGGAAUGAUGGUAUCUUCCUGCAUGCUCUUAUUGAUUGGUGUUCACCAGGAGCUAGUCCUGAUUGGCGUCAUUUAUCUAGGAAUGACAAAAUUAAAAACUGCAAAACCGCCCUUGAUUUGGCUCACGAUCUCUUCCGCAUACCCAAGGUGCUUACCCCAGAACAUAUGGCUUCCGUUGAUCUUGAUGAAUUAUCUGGAAUGACCUAUUUAUCUUAUUUUAUGAAAGCAAAUUCUGCUGGAUACGACCAAACUUUAAAGUGGGUUCGAAAUCAGAUGCCAACGAAACACGUUAAUAAUUUUACGUCGGACUGGAUAGACGGGAUCUUACUUCGAUCUCUCGUUGUUAGAUUCGGCGGGUCGCCUCCAGAUCUUGGAGAGGAUAAUGUUGCAAAUUUACAAGCAGUUAUGACUGAAGCUAGAGUCUCUUUAGGCAUUGAGCCUGUUAUACCAGCAAAGGAAAUGGCCGAUCCAGACGUCGAUCAUUUAGGAGUUAUGGCCUAUAUUGCUUGGUUUAUGAACGUUAGAAAGAGUGGAGUUAACACAAAUGGACUUGUUAAACACGAAAUGAUACAAAAAACAUCGACCGCCUCGCUAGAAUCUCUACCACGGCCAUCUAUAAAGGCUAACGCUGUUCAGCUAACGCAAUACAAUAGAGAAGUUCACGGCGGUAGACCAGUUGACUUCACUUUACGAUUAAUGGAAGGAAAUUCAACGGCCGAUGUGCGCGUUGAAAUAAUUGGCCCAAAUACCAGACCGAAAGCGAUGGUAAAUUGGACUGGAAAGUAUGGACAGGGACAAUUUGUUCCAUCUGAACCGGGAACACAUCAAAUCAGAGUUCUGAACGGAAACGAAGUAAUAACAGGUUGUCCUGCUCCUGUUUUAGUAAAGCUCUCAGCCGUGAGUAAAGCUAAUGGAGUUCAGCUAACCUCAUUCAAUAAGGAUGCAAUCACUAAGCGACCUUCGGAAUUUACUUUAAAAAUAAUCGAUGAAUCUGUUCGCGCUUCUGAUGUAAGUGUAGAAAUUGUUGGAAACUCCUCACCCAUUGCAGCUGUCAAUUGGAUUGGUAAUCAAGGUAGAGGAACAUUUACGCCUACUGAAUCCGGUCAACAUCAAAUUAGGGUUUUGAACGAUGGAGAAUUAAUAAGCGGCUGUCCAGCACUAGUUUGGGUUAAAGCUCAAAUUUCAAAGGACAGCGCCGUCCAACUAGUUUCUUAUAAUAAAGAAAUUCAGCUUGGAUUACCUGUUGAGUACAGCGUAAAAAUAAUUGAUGAUUCAGUACCAACGUAUGAUGUAAGCGUUGAUAUUGUUGGCCCUACUAUUCCGGUAUCGUCUCCAAUUAAUUGGACUGGAAAGUUUGGUAGGGGCUCUUUUAUGCCAACGGAAUCAGGCCAAUAUCAAUUAAAAGUUAUGAAUAACGGAGAGGCAAUAGCCGGUUGUCCCGUUUUUAUUAGGGUCAAAAUGAGAGCGGCGUCGGCAGUCAGUUUAAUAGCAGAUGAAUAUACGUCAGUGGGUGAACAGGCAAAUUUCAGAUUAGAAGCCCUAGACAAAUCUGUCGAUCCAAGUAAAGUUCAAGCAGAAAUUAUUAGCCCAACAGGAACUAAACCGGAUAUUAACAUCAGAUGGAAGAAUAAUCAGGCUGAAUGUUACUUUGUUCCACUAGAACCGGGACAGCAUCAAAUUUAUGCAAGGCACGAUGGAUUUCUCGUUAAUAAUUCACCAGGAUAUGUUAAUGUGAAAUAUCCUGCUCAAAAAGCCAUUGUUGUGAAGCAAAUUGAUGCUGUUAAACACUUGGGAGAAAUUGUAAAUUUCCAGGUAGAAAGUCUAGACGAUCAAUUCUCUUCAUCCGAUGUUCGUAUCGAUAUUAGAGGACCAAACACAAAUCCAAAACCUCAAUUAGUUUGGGCUGGACGUUAUUGUAGAGGUAAUUUUGAACCUUUAGAAGUUGGACCACACGAAGUUGUUGUUUCCCAUAAGGGAUUUCCAAUAGAAGAUUCACCCAAGUCAGUUGAUGUUAAAGUAAUACCUUCUCGUUCUGCACGAAUCUUGAAUGUGUCGCAAAGAAGUAUAGUUGGCCAAGCUAUUAAAGUUGAAGUUGCCGCCGAACCUGGUAUAGAUAAACGUCAAAUGAGAUGCGAAAUAGUAACGCCAAAUUCUAGAUCUUAUGCAAGACAUAUAACAUGGAAAGAUAAUAUUGGAGAAUGUUCAUUUGUUCCAGAUGUAAGCGGAGAUCAUUCAGUGUUAGUGUCAAAUGGAAAAUUUAUUUUGGAAGGUUGUCCGAUAAAUGUACCAGUUCUUGCCGAUCCAAGUAGAGUAAGACUAGCAUAUUGCGAGAAGACUUGCGCAUUGGGAUCACAACACGAACUUAGGAUUGAUUCAAGCAAUGCUGGCAAAGGAGACUUGAGGGUUUUGGCUAAAGCUCCGUCCGGUCAAACUAUCGAAGGGUCUAUUAAGGAGUAUGAUGGAGUUUUCACAUCUAAUUUUAUUCCUACGGAAAUUGGUGAUUGGUUAAUUUCUAUUCUGUACAAUGGUAAAGAUCUCGAAGGUUCACCGUUUAGCAUUCGAGUCUUUGACGUCAAUAGAGUAGUAAUAAGCGGACUGGAAGGUGGAGUUGCCGGAAGAAGUUUUUCGUUCACAGCAGACUGCUCAAAUGCAGGAGAAGGAAAUUUGUUGGUUGAAGUCACUCAUCGUGGAAAUCCAAUUCCAACACAAAUUGAAAGGGAAUCAAGAGGUGUAUAUAAAGCAACUUUCACUCCACAUGGAUCUGGACUUUACUCAAUUAAAGCUCUUUUCGCAAAUCUGCCUAUAAGAGGUUCGCCCUUUACACUAGAGAUAGUAGACGCUUCCAAGAUUGAGGUUAGCGGUGAUGGUUUAAAAUCGAGUGCAUUGGGUAAUGUUGCCAAUUUCUUCAUCUACGCCGAUUCACCGGGAACCAAACUAUCGGAUUUAAAAGUUGACAUCACUUCGCCAAGCGGUAGUUCUGUUCCAUCUAAAAUCAAUAAUCAAUCCAGCGGUGUUUACAAAGUUGAGUAUCUUCCUAAACAAGUUGGAGAACAUCUUAUCGAGAUUCUAUUUAUGAAUAGACCCAUUAGUAAUGGUCCUUUUAGAAUGCAAGCAUUUGACGCUAGUUCAAUUGUUAUAAAGAAUUUAACUUCAUUCGGCUUAAUUGGUCGACCAAUUGAAUUUGAUAUAGAUGCUUCACUUGCUGGUUCUGGAAAUUUGGAGAUUAUGGUUAACGACGGUUCUGUAAAAUGCGCUGCUCAAAGUCGGGGGAAUAAGCAAUUUCACGCUGCCUUCGUACCUUUAGAGGGAGGUACAUACGUUGUUAGAAUGAAAUUUAAUGGUGUCGAAUUAAGGGGUAGUCCUUGGAAUAUUGAUGUUAAAUCUGCACAAAGAGUUCACGCUUCUGGUCGUGGACUUUCGGGUCCCAUAUCUUGUCAUCAAAUAGCAUCGUUUGACGUGGACUGUGGCUUGAAUAACAAUGGGACCGUAACUGCAAAUGUUACUUCACCUACUGGAAGGAUACUCCCAAUACAAUCAAGCCCCAUAGGAUCUGGAAUUUCGAGGUUGACAUAUACUCCUCUAGAACCUGGCUCACAUACAAUUGAUGUUAAGUUUGAAGGCAUUAUCAUACCUGGAUCACCGUUCACGGCAAAAGCUUAUGAUGCGUCUGCUAUUCAAAUUGGGGAAGCCUCUAUUGCUGUAGUAGGAAAGCCGGUUGAGAUGACAGUGGAUGUUUCCUCAGCAGGAGAAGGUCCAUUGGAGAUAACUGUUAAUAAUGGUCAAGUACAAAAUACUGUUAAACCUGCUGCUGCUGGUCGUAAAGGACUCUUUGUAUUGUCAUUUGUACCUAGAACAUCUACACCUCACAUAGUCGACGUAACUUUCAAUGGUGAGAGAGCCCCAAGAUGUCCUUUAACUAUACCAGUUCUUGACACUGGGAGGGUUGUUGCAAGAGGGCAAGGAUUAGAGAAUUGUACUGUUAAUAAGCCAGCUAUGUUUCACGUUGAUACAACAGCAGCAGGGGAGGCCGACUUAGAAGUUAUAGUAUUCGGUCCAAACGAUCAGAAACUGUCUAUAGAUACUAAUGGAUCUUACUCUGGAGGAUUUGAAGUUGUUUACGUUGCACAGGAAGUUGGAAAGCAUCAGAUAAUUAUCCUAUACUGUGGAACAGAAAUCAGAGGUAGCCCAUUUACAGCUCGCUGUAGUGAUCCGUCAAAGAUUUUUGUCUCCGAAAUCCAUGAUGGCUUUGUUGGUAGAAAAAGCAGCCUACUUGUAGACGCUAACGGUGCUGGAGAAGGAAAUUUACAAAUAGCUAUUGGUGUUGUAUCUGGAAAGAAUAUUCAAAAUCAUGUACAGCAAAUUGGUUCUGGAAAAUUUGAAGUAACUUACACACCUUUGGAAGGAGCUUUGCACGAAGCUUCAGUCACUUUCAACUCUUUUCACGUAAAAGGCAGUCCUUUUAAAUUUAACGUUCUCGACAUAUCGAGAGUAUCUGUUAGUGGAGAUGGAAUAGGUUUAGUGAAAUGUAGAGAGGAAACAUACUUUAGACUAAAUAUGCCUAGUACUGGAUUCAACAAAAGUAUGUUAGAUGUAAUGGUAAUGGAUUACGAAUCAAGGAAGUUACCUAUAAAGAUUAAAGAAGUUGACGAGCAUGAUUUUCUUGUUUUUUAUACUCCAUUGGAACUUGGAAUACACAAUUUAUAUUUAAAGAUUACAGAUCAGGAUGUUAACGGAUCACCUUUCCAAUCGAAAGCUUAUGAUCCUUCAAAAGUUACUGUAAAUCCAGUUCAUAAGGGAAAUGUUGGUGAAAAACUUACAGCUAUUAUUGACCCAUCUAACGCUGGUGCAGGACAAUUAGCCAUUAAAGUUACUGUAGAUAAUAAAAAUGUGCCUAAUGUACCCAUGUAUGGAAAAGAUCAUAAAAUAAAUGUAUCUUUCACACCGGAAAAGGCUAUGGAUCACUUAAUGCACGUUUCCUUUAAUGGUUAUGCAGUUCCGGGAAGUCCAUUCGUAACUAAAAUUACAGAUUCGUCAGAAGUUACUGCUCACGGAGACGGAUUAGGGUUAGCUUCAGUUCAGAAAAAAACAUCCUUCUUUGUAGUCAGUUCGUCUAUGGGAGAUAACUCUGAACUAGAUGUUGAAAUUAAAUCUCCUUCUGGAAGGAAAUUGAAUCCCCUUCCAUCACCUACUGAUUCAUCGGGAUGGAAGAUUGAAUAUAUACCUCAAGAAGUUGGAAUGCAUGAAGUGAGCAUUAAAUUAAACGGAAGAGAAAUAGCCGAUAGCCCAUUUCAUCCUGAAAUUUAUGAUUGUCGACUUGUAAAAGUUAGUUCAAUAGGACCAGGUAAUGUCGGAAAACCUGUCGCCUUUCAAGUCGAUUGUCAAACAGCUGGAAUAGGAACAAUAACAGUUGAUAUUCGAGCAGAAGACCAAGCUCGAGCAAUAAGUCAAGUAGAACAAGUUGGUGAUUUCGUUUAUGAAGUUAUUUUUGUCCCGAAAGAUAGAACUCCUCAUACUAUAGCUAUUCACUUUAACAAAGAAGAAGUUGAAGGUUCACCAUUUAUAUGCCCUAUUGUUGAUUCUUCUCUAAUAAGGAUAGAUUGGGAUAGAGUUCGUUCAAUUCCUGUCGAUAAGGAAGUAGUUUUCAAUGUUGACAUACCUCCUUCUGGUUCAAUGUCGGAAAUUGAAGUUGAAGUAGUAGAUCCUUCAAGUAAAGAGGUUCACUAUGAACUUGAAAAGAGAAAUAGCGUACUAAUUCCAAAGUUCAUUCCAAGAACUAUUGGAAAUUAUACAAUUAUUGUCACCUGUUCCGGUCAACCUGUAGCAGGCUGCCCCUUUACAUGUACUGCGUACGAUGUAUCAAAGGUUAAAGUAAUCGACGUCGAUUCAGGCGGCAAACUUGACGACAAACUAGGUUUUACCGUCGAUACUAGUAAAGCAGGUUCUGGAGAUAUAGAUGUAGAAGUGUACUGUGAGAAACAAUUGGUAAGGACAGUGAGAGAGAAACUGUCUAAUACGGAACAUCGUUAUCACUAUAUUGUUCAAAGACCUUAUGAACACACUAUAAAUGUUUUUUUCAAUUUAGAACAAGUUCCAGGCUGUCCUAAGACAGUACCAAUGGCUCUUCUUGAUCAAGUUCUCAUGCUAGACUCAUCUUCACCAACCACAUUUGAAAUCAAUCAAUUAGCAUCGGCAACAUUAAUAAAACAAGGACAAGUUUCAUUAGAUGAAUCACAAGUGUCAAUUAAAGCUCCAAAUGGAGAGAUGAUACCUGCGAAGGUUGUCGAACUUCCAAAUGGAAACUUUAAAGUUGAAUAUACAUCGAUAUAUACAGGAGAGCAUGUUGUCGAAGCUUUAUACGCGGGAAUUCAUGUUGCGGGAACACCUUUUAAAGUGCAAAUUUUUGAUCCAAAUAAGAUACACGUACAACUUCCAGAGAGUUUAUUAGUUGGUGAGAGAGCGGAAAUUGGAAUAGUUACAGCUAAUGCUGGUUCUGCCGAGUUAAAUCUAACGAUUACAUCUCCAAAGAAUGAGAAUAUUCCAUACGAUUUAAACAAGAACGAUAAAGGUUUUACUGCUAAUUUUAUGCCUUUUGAAAGUGGAACUUUUAAAGCUUACAUUACUUAUGGUGGAUUAGACGUUCCGGGUUGUCCUUUACCUAUCCACGUUUCUGAGAGUAGUAAUAAUUUUGUAAACGUCGUUGGUGAAGGCCUCUUUAAUGGUGUUGAAGGGAGACCUUCUACCUUUGUGGUUGAGGGAAAAGGAAAUAGAAGUCAACUUGCUGUUCAAGUGGAUGGGCCAAACAGCGUUGCUAAGUGCCAUGUUGAGCCGGAAUCUGAUGAUAAGUACAAAGUAACUUAUGUUCCGGUUGAGGUUGGACAAUAUUUUGUAGUUGUCAAAUGGAAUGGUCAAAACGUUCCGGGAGGGCCUUGGAGACCGCAGAUUAUAUCGCCGAGUAAGGUUGCUGUUAUCGGAGGUUGGCAAUCACAUAUGGACUCCAAAUCGAGAAUUGCUCUUGUCGUAAACGAAAUGAAGAGAAUUGAAUUCGACACUACGACAGCCGGAAUAGGAAACUUGAGCGGAGAAGUUAGGGGACCAACUGGCUCAAUACCUGUUGAGGCUAGAUCCUUGGGAUCGAAUCGUCACUUGCUUGCUUUCACGCCGCAAGUAGCGGGUGAACAUUACUUAAAUGUGUCAUGGGGUGGAGUCGAUCUUCCCGAUUCUCCUUUAGCUGGUUAUGCUCUACCAGAAAGGCAUAUGUCUGCUGAUGGUAUAGAGAAAGUUAUCUUAACAGGAUCUGGCCUUCAGAAUGCUCGUGUUAGAGAAGAAGCUGAAUUUGUAAUUGAUGGAAGUCAAGCCGGACCGGGCGCUCCAGAUGUGAAAAUCGUUGGAUUGAAAGUGCAUGUUAACGUUGCUAUAACACCUAUAGGAGAGGAUAAAUUCCGCUGUACAUAUAUCCCCGAGCAGCCGGGGGCCUACUUGUUGAACGUAAAAUGGGGAGAUAAAGACGUCAAAGGUUCUCCCUUUAAAAUAUCAGUCUCGGCACAGGCAGAUCCUAAUAAGGUGUUUUGUUUGAAUGAAACUCUUCGAACCGCCAUCUAUGGCAAAGACAUAUCAACAAUUAUUGAUACUAAGAAAGCUGGACCUGGUGAAUUGCAAGCCCAAUGUACUGGGCCCUAUAAAAUAGCCUUUUGCGAGCUAUUAGAUCAGGAAAAUGGCACAUUUAAAUUAAAGAUAAAACCGCAAGAAACUGGGAAGCAUACUUUACAAAUUAAAUACGCAGGUCAGCAUAUCCCCGGAAGUCCAUUUGAAAUUAAAGUUCAAGGAGCGCCAGAUCCCUCUAAAGUCCGGGUGGUUGGUCCGGGGAUUGAACAUGGUAUGUUAGCAACAUUUAAAUCAAGAUUUGUAGUAGAAACUAAAGGAGCUGGUGCCGGGCAACUAACAGUAAGAGUUCGAGGACCAAAGGCCGCUUUCAGAGUAGAAAUGAAAAAAGAAAGCCAAAUGGAUAGAACCAUUUUAUGUAGAUACGAUCCAACCGAAAUUGGAGACUAUACUAUCGCAAUUAAAUGGUCCGGCUAUGACGUGCCAGGUUCCCCGUUUCUCGUCAGAAUAUUUGAUUCUAUAGAAGAAUUAGAGAGAUAUAAACUUGAUCAUCCAAACGAUAUAGGAAAUCCAAAUACAUUAGCAAGAUCCAAUUGGACUGCCGAAAUGUAA